AAUGUUAGGCUUAUCGAUUUGUUGAUAGCAAAAGGUGCAAAACUUGACACAAGGACGAAUAACGGAGAUACUGCACUUCAUAUUGCUGUUAAAUUCAAUCAGAGCGACGCUGCUACUACCUUGAUCAAACAUGGAGCUGAGAUUAAUGAUGAAAACCAAGAAAAACAGACACCGGUUCAAAUUGCUAUUUUGCAAGAUAAUGCUGAUUUGAUGUGUUUGCUAUUAAAGGCCGACAGUGACAUAAAGAAUCCUGGUGGCGACCAAAUGCCACUCAUAGAUUCAAUUGCAGACACUGGAAAAGUAGAAUUUUUGCUAAGGGCUCUAAAUACGAUCGACAAUGUCGACCAAAAGACCCUUUAUAUGAAUAAGGCACUUCUCAGAUCUUCGCAACAUGGUGAUGUUGAUUUAGUAAAACAUCUGUUAGACAUCGGCGCAGAUAUCGAAAGCAGUAAUCAAUGUGGACAAACAUCGCUCUUCUUAGCAGGAGAGUAUCCGGAAAUAAUGGCAAUGCUCUUACAUAGAGGAGCUAGUAUGCAA